UCGCGGCGGCUGCGGCGGCUGUGUCUCGUUUUCAGAAUGACUUCCUUGGCUGACGCGCCCCCAAAUUAUGAAACAAUGUUUGCUCAUCGAUUCACAUCGGAUGAUGAAGAAUACCGAGAAUAUCUAAAACGCCCUGCAGAUCCCCCUCCUAUAGUUGAAGAAUGGAGAAACAGAUCUGGUGGCAAUCAGAGAAACAGAGAUCGGUUUCAAGAUGGCAGAUAUUUUAGAGGGGAGAGAUACAACUGGCAAGGUGACUACAGAUCUAAUCAGAGGCCAGAUAGAGGCUGGGGUAACAACUACCAGCAGCACAGACAGGGACAAUCCUACUCAUCCCACUACGGACAAUAUGGCUACAACUCCUACAACCCAGGGCCUCGUUACCAUCCCUACUGAUAUGCCUGUGGCUUGAAAGUCCAGUGAUGCUCUGUAAUAAAUUCAGUUAGCUUUUAGUUUUCUUUUUUUUUUUCCAUUUAUAGAUAACCGAAGAAGCAGUGUUAGAGUCCAAUGCUGUUUUUCUGUAGUGUGAAAUGAAAAAGGGAACUCCUUCUAUGAAUAAUAAAACCAUAUUAUAUGGAGUUUGUUUAGAGUCUGUAGAUUCAAUCUUUAUCUCCUUCUUUUGUCUGAAUAUGUGUUGUGCACAUAUUUUCUUCCAUCACUGAGAUUUCUGUGUUACAGAAACCAAAACAUGUGAGGGAAGGAUAGGAUAGCUGUGGUUUGUAUGCAGCCUGUAGCAGUGGCACAUUGCCUUAAGGUAGCUCUUUUUGAAAUUAACAUACUAUGUCUUUCUGUGGAGAGAAUUUCUUCGUUUGGUUUUUUUCACAGUGAGAAGCUGUUUGGUUUGAAUUUCAGAUGCCUUAAAACAGAGAAAAGAGAUCCUAUUACUGACAUAUUUUAUGGGGUCGGCCUUGUGUGUUGACUCAAUGGCUUCAAUGCAUUUGCAGUAUUCCUCUUAAAACAUGGCCUAAAAGUUGGAUAAAAAAAAGUAAUUAAAUAUGUAUCUUCUUGUAGCAGUUCAGUGAUACAUAAGUUUUACCUGAGAAGUAAUAUCAAACUUAGAUUAAUCUGUGUCAUCUUCAAAUAAAUUCAGGGUGUGUGUGUGAUAAAUUCUGAAAUUCCCAUUUCAGUGAAGCUGUAAAACUUCAAUGCUAUUGUAUUUGUAUGAAACACUUUGUGCGUGUUAUAGAAAAAAAACCUAUAAUCAG